AUGCUGGCGAGAGAUUUACUUCAUCCUACUUUGGCUCAAGAGAAGCGAAAGUGUAAACUUAAGCGUUUGGUUCCCGCUCCAAACUCCUACUUUAUGGAUGUGAAGUGCGGUGACUGUAUGAAAAUCCAAGUAGUUUUUAGUCACGCGCAGACCGCUGUUGUCUGUCCUGGCUGCGAUAGAAUCCUCUGCACACCAACUGGUGGCAAGGCCAAGCUUACAUCUGCUUACAUAAGUAGAGUUUACCUAGAACAAUUAACACCAUUUCCAAUUGAACUUGACAGUCCGCUUCGUUGGCGCUUAUCGCCAGCAGCUGGAAACUCGUAUAACGAGCAUAGUGGCACAAUGAUAUACCUCAAUGAAGUCAUCAUCGGUUCUUGGAAUCCGAGCUGCGUGUCUUAUUUAGAUAAAAGAGAUCUUGGACUGACUUCUUGUGAAGAAGGAAAUGGGCCUUUCUUGACAUUUACCUUUACACCAACACGCGAGCAUUUUGGCCAAAAUAUUCGAAUAAUAUUUUUUCCUGAUAUUAAGGCAUCAUUUUCUGGAACUGGCCAAAUUCUUCUCAAUACAACAAUUCAAUUGAUAAAACAGCCAAAGUUUCUUGAUAUCAAAGUCACUCUCGAUCGCGCGCCCGAAUACGUUGACCUGGCUCCAAGAGAUCUAAAUUUAUCUCCGCCAGUUUUCUUAGAUGGGUCUAUGGCCAAAGUGGAGUGUAUCACAGACGGUGCUCUGCCACCACAGCCCAUCACCUUCGACAUUGUCUGCAACAAUCCUCCACGCGCGGCCGUUGAACAAGAGCGUCAAGCAAAGGCUCAGUUGGGUUUUCCCUAUGAGGUGGCCUUCAGGUACUUCAAUUUCCGCUCCCCGCCUACCGAUGAAGAGUUAGCCGAACGUAUUGCGAUUGGCUACGCGCAGAGUAUUAUGCAGGAGUCGCGAAUCGCUCGUUCGCACGACAAUCUUACCCUUUCGGCCACGUUGCCUAUCAAUUCGAAGGCCCACGACUGUUCACUUUACUGUCGUCUUAUGGGCAAGGAAAGAGAAUAUCGUCUGACUGUCUAUUGUAAGUGUAGUCCCGCUUUUUUGUAUCACUUUACGUUACAUUGGGAUGUUGGUUCCUCAAUGACUUGCUACGCCGACGGUUUUCCUGAACCCUCUAUUGUCCUCUCAUUGCGUCAGCCCAUGCAUCAGUUUUCCCAUCGUCCAAUUAUCGAUCCAAGAGAGUACAUAGCGACCACAUCGCCAUUACCUCCACUAGAACAAAUCGUCGACACAUCCGACAUUGCCGCGGCCACAAGAAUUGGCCUACGACCCGAUGAGUACACAAUUCGUGGACCACGGUUCACUCUAGCCUAUAAUGCUACUCCCGGAGUGGAACUUAUGCUCAUCUGCACUGCGGGAAACGCUCUUCCAAAUGCAGUCGAUUUUCUGGGAUACAAUAAGACUAUUGCUACAGUUAGAUUCACUGUUGCUGCCAUCUCCUAUAGCAGCAUUGGAAUCGUGGUGGGAAUCUGUCUGGUCAUUCUGGUCUGUGCUAUCAUAAUCAUUCUCUUAAUGGUUUACCUUCGGCGUCGACAGAAGUACACCUCCAAUGCAAUUCGCACUAGAAAUGCAGCUGUAAAUGCUGCAGAUGGUGCCAAUGGCGCAAAAAUGGCAGGACAUGGAAAGUGA